AGCCCUGCCGCGGUCCCUCCUCGCCUUUUGUAUACCCUCAUACCCCCUCUUGUUCACCUAUCACCAUGGUUGACUGGCAAUCAAAUGCUGAGAUUCUGCACGACGGCGAUGCUUUCUCGAAGUUCAUGCACUGCCUUCUAGGGCUCUAUAUCUGGGAGUUUUGCACGUCGCUCGACUUCGACAUCAUGUUCAUCUCGGGAAAGAAAAAGUUCAGAUGGCCAUUGUUCUUCUACUUUGCGGGUCGAUACAGUCUGUUAGCAGCGCUCAUAGGAAUUGCUGUCGCAUUGAACGUUACAUCGCCUGUUAACUGUCAGGGGCUCUAUACAUUCAAUCAACUGUUGGGUAACAUGGCCAUCGGGCUCGCCAGUAUCAAUCUUUCCCUCCGCACUAUGGCAAUCUGGCAACAACGGUGGUUUAUUGUCCUUCCCCUGGUGGCCAUCAUCAUGGGUCAUUGGUCUCUCUUGCUUCACGGAGUCCUGUUGAAAGCCUCUUGGGUUGAUGGUCAAGGCUGCGUCAUUACAUCGACCAACAGCAAGAUCCUCGAGGCGUCUUUCAUUUAUGGAAUGGUCCUUGAUCUUAUUGUUAUGUCACUGUCUGCUUGGAAGCUCGCGUUUCCCAAAGGUGGUCGUAGCAAGCUUGUGCAGUUGAUCUUCGGUGAUGGCUUGGUUUAUUUCCUGAUCGCUGUCCUAGCCAACAUGACUGCGACUAUUUUCAUGGCGUUGAACCUGAACCCCAUCAUGUCGAUCAUUGCAAAUGUCCCUGCAGCCGUGGCCUCCACGAUUGUUGCCUGCCGUGUCGUUCGACGUCUGACUAACUUCACGAGCCAAGGCCCAGAGAUGUUUACAUCAUCAACGGUUCAAGCGUCGACUCUUGGCUUCCGCACUGCACGUUCGGUCCCACCUCAUGUGUCUGUUACGAAGCAACAUAACGAGGGCGUGCAUGUACAGAUGGACACGUUUUCCAUAGCAGAUAAUUUGGACUACGACGCCACAGGGCGCGUAAAGAAUUCGAGCGAUGGAUUCGACCCGGAGGCGCAAGUCAUCAGCGACGAGUUUAAGCGGCCAUCAUACUAGACUGCUCGAGUCAUUCUCGUCCCAUGUCACCGGUAGGGUGCAUGUCACAUGAACGUCAUGUCGUGCUAGUCGUCGAAGGUCGUCCAUCGCCCGCAUUCUCUCCGCCUGCUCUUCGCCGCUGCUGUCAUGUCGUGUAUCCCCCCGAUCUGUGUUCGCUCUGUCCUGGCGCUGCCUACCCUGCUUUCAACUGCAUCUUGUCCCUUUCUCGCCUUAUAAUUGUACCCCUUGUCGCAUUCUUUCACCUGUCC